AUGAGUGUGUCGACUAGUGAUUCUGGACGGUUGGUUUUACCUGCAGUUGUCAUUCAGUAUGCGGAUGGGACCAGCCAAAAUCUGAUCAUCGAGGUUGGUCCGGCCAACAGCAAUAACACAAACCAGGCUCAAGAAACAGCAGCGAGGUCUCCAGAGCACCCUCAAGAGGACAACCUUUCUGCUGAAAAUGCAGAACAGCCUUCUGAGUCUUCUGGAAUUCGUGGAGUUGACUAUCCAGCAUUCGACGUUUCCAACGAAGGGGUUUACCGUGAACAGCAUAUAGCCAACAAUUUGCUUGACAAUUUGAUAUCCCCGUUUUAUCGGUCUUUGGGCGGAAAUAACUCAGCAUCUCAACAGACCAAUAGUAUCUCGGUGCCGUUCUAUAGAAACCUGACCCCAGCAUCAGAACCAUCCCGGAACAUUAUUCUUACUGUUAACUAUAUUUAUGGGCAGCCAAACCCGCUGCAACCUAGUGAGAACAACAACAGUUUGUCGGGAUCUCUUAUUCUGCAUGUGCCUAACAUCAAUGAAAGUGAUGAUGAAAACCUACAAGUUUUAAUCCGACUGGCAACUACCAUUGCAUUAAGGACCAUUGCGACGUCGGUUAAAAAGGCAUCAGGAAUUUCUGCAGAGCAGUUCGAUAAGCUAGAGGUUAGAAAAAUAGCCGACUUGAAGGAGAAGCAAUGUGCAAUUUGUUACGACGAUUAUGAAGAUGAUAAUCCCGAGGCUAUAAACCAAAUCGGCCAGAAACGCAAAAGAGCAGAAGAUGAGACCGAUGAAACAGGCGAGCAUCAACCAAAGAAAAUGCGUAAAAUGGCGAACGAAAUAAAAUCGCAAAGCGGGACUACAGACAUGGCUAAGAAGGAAGUGGUCUACAAUCAUGCUCCUGUAGAAAUGCCGUGUGGCCAUGUUUUUGGCAGAGGUUGCCUUCGAGAAUGGCUGAAAACCAAUAAUAGCUGCCCACUUUGCAGACACAGUAUGCUCCACGGCAAUGAGUCGUCUGCUACGAGAAACUCAAAUUCGGAAAACGAAACUACCAUCAUUCUGCCUAAUUUGGCCAGAGUGAUUAGCGAGAUCCGGCCUUUGAUUGAGGGCUUCAACUCGAGACACCUUACCUUUGUCAUGCCUGACCAACAUAGCGUUGAGCCUUCGGGGGCAAUUCCUGUUCCUCUACCCACGCCUGUCACACCACAGGAGUCCGUUGACUCUCGCUCAUCGUCAACAAAUCAUUCCAGCGUUCUUGGUCUGGUUCGAGGGCUGCUUCAAAACUUGAAUGGCAGGCUACGCAACCCAGUACGGGUCAACGAAGAUGAACCGUCCAACUUAAUCAACCAAGAGUUUUUACAGAGAAUGCCUACCAUCAGGACAAAUCAGCAAGGAGCUCCAUUGAACCAUUCAUCUUUUCUGCGAAGAAGAAGACGGGUCCUUCAGCCUCGUCGUGUUCUCAGAUCUACCGGACUAUCUUCACAGCAGUUUGUAAACAGGGAUCCGCUUUUCCCAGUUGGUGUGGCCAGUCGUCGUACAAGCGACGGCGUGCGCACAUCCACUCUAUUUUCAAACUCCAACGAGGACGACGACCCGCCUGUUGCCGAGAGAGAGACUGAUACUUGA